AUGGCCGCCCCACCAGCCAACGCCAACCCCAGCGCUGCAGCCCGGGCCCGGUCCUACUCCGACUUGGAGAUCACCCUAACCGUGAGCGGGGCCCCGCCCGAGGCCCGGCCGGCGUCCGCCGAGGGAGACGGGGAGGACGCCGAGGAGGAGGUCUUGACCUCCCGGUACCCCGUCUGGGCUCACGUCUUAAAGAUCCUGUUCUCCUUCUUCACCUUCUUGACCGUCCUCGCGUGCGUCUGUGCCAGUAAGACGGCACUGGUGAUACUUCUACAGGGAAGCACGAACACUGGUCCACAGGAAAGCACGAACACUGGUCCACAGGAAAGUCGCGCUCUCAAAGAACAGACUGUUGUUGCAGUAGUGAAAGAUGCCGGAGCUGGCUCCACGGAAACCAUGGUAACGGGUACCAUGGUAACGCAGAGGCGUGAGCUGGACAGCGCCCGGGCGGUGAUGGUGGGACUGCUGCUGGUGGUUCCGCAGAUGUUCACGGUACUCAGGUGUGUUACCUGUAGCUCCUUCGGGAAGAAGACCAACACUUAUCCGUGGCCGACUUGGCGGGCUCUUAUACUGGGUCUUGUGUGCAGUGUAGUGGAGGUCGGGUGCCUCACAGUGUUCUGUUUUGACCUGGCGCCUGUCCUGGACCCUCCCGUGCUAGUCCUGCUCAUGUCGGGAACGGUCGGCGCGCAGUUGUUCGAAGACGCCGUCAAGAGCGUCAGGACUAGACACCACAACUUCCCGAACGACUUCAACCUCACGAGGAAGAUCGAGAAAUUCCUCAAGUUCUUGUCGGGAUUCGCCAACGUUGCCGCUCUGUGUGCAAUCGCCGUGCUUGUAAAAGAAAACGACUUAGACGUAUCCCAACGGAUCAGUUUGCCUUGUAUAAUCCUCCUCCUGUCGUGUACGUGGAGUAAGUUCGCCCAGAAACAGAUGUCCAAGCCUCACCUGGUCAGAACGUUACCGUACGAGGAACACCUGUACAGUGCCAGGUUCAAAGCCACCUUGUUGUCGAGCUUCUUCAAAGUCGUGUUGACUCCUCUCGCGAUCGUCGUCUACAACUACGUCGCGUAUCCUAGUAGUAACCGAGGAUUCGAGAUAUACUCCGAGGGUUUUGCACAGAUGGGGAGCAGUCCUUUGCUAGCGCCGUUUCUUGUCCAGUUGUUCAGCAGUUUUUUAGGUUACCUUGCCGCCUGGUUAGCGUGUUCUGCGUGCAUUCAGUUUGUCGGGUUUGUAAUUCCGCUGUUCCUGUGUACUCCAACGGCGGUCGUGCUGACACUGACCGUCUGCAAAUACCCACUCUUGAACUUAAACCUAUUCCCCUGUUACGACAUUUCGACGGAACAACAAGUAAUCUUGCUAGGAACGUGCGCGUUACUCUGGGCAACGCAAGCCACGUAUUUGAUAUUCGUAGUGAGAAAAGCCCCCACCAGAACGCUUUCCAAGGAAGAGACGCUCUUCUACCGCCCGUUCUACAACGGAAUCUUCCUGGAGCAAAACUUGCUGCUAAACCGGAGAAAAGAGUGGCCGAGUAACGAAAGAGAAGAAGAGGAUCCCUCACACGCUGUGAAGCAUGGCGGACGUGUGUACGUGUGUACUACCAUGUACCGGGAGUCGGAACAGGAGAUGAGUCAGCUUCUACACAGCAUCUACCGACUGUCCAGGGUCUACAGCACGUCCAAAUGGCGGUACGAGAGCCACAUUUUCCUGGACGGCGGAGUUCGCGGCCUGGUUCUUAACGAGUUCGCGCUGCUGCUUGUGUCAUUGUUGGACGAGAAGUUGGACAUCACACCGGCGGACGCCAGGAAGAUGGAGACACCGUACGGGGUGCAGCUAUGGUGGAAGCUGCCGGGCGGAAUGCCCUUCUACAUCCACAUGAAAGAUCCCGAGAAGGUGAAGCAGAAGAAAAGAUGGAGCCAGGUGAUGUACCUGUCCUAUAUCCUGGACCUCCGCCAGAGAGAGUUGCUGCAAGCCGCGCCCGCCCAGCAGCGCGCCGCCGACUCCCCGUCCUUCAUGUCCGCGUCCGGUGGCGAGGACUCGGAGAUCGACAACGAGCUGGUGACCGAGAGUUCGGACGCGCCUCUGGGGGACGAGGGCUUCCACGACUCCAACGAGUACAGAACAACUUCCUCGGAGUCAAGGUACAUGAGCGCCGAGGCCUACUUCAAUCCCGCGGAAGGUACCCUUGUAGGUUCAAGAUACACAAGCGCCACGCCCUACUUCAGCCCCGAAGAGGAUAACGACGGCAGCACGACUCCAGACACCCGGACAGACGACGAGUACUUCACCGUGGCGGAGGGCGAGUCCAGUUGGGAGGACAGGCGGGGAUCCGACACCGACUCUCUGCCGCCGCGGUACGACGGACAACCCUACCGCCGGCUGCCGGUUCCGCCGCAUCAUAUAGACCAGCUUGAUGACGAGACCUUCGUGCUGACGACUGACGCGGACGUGCAGUUCACGCCGGAGUCGGUGGCGGCGCUGCUAGACCUGGCCAGCCGGGACCGGACCGUGGGGGCCGUCAGCGGCAGGACGCACCCCAGCGGCACCGGACCCGUCGUCUGGUACCAGAUAUUUGACUAUGCCAUCGGCCAUUGGUUCCAGAAGGUAGCGGAGCAUGUCUAUGGGUCUGUACUCUGCUGCCCGGGGUGUUUCAGCGUGUUCCGCGCACGCGCACUGCGGCAGGUCCUACCAGAGUACGCCUCCAUGGUGUCGGAAGGGAAACCCAGCCAGUUUCUCACUAAGGACAUGGGUGAGGACCGUUGGCUGUCCACGCUGCUUGUGGAGAAGGGCUGGCGGCUGGAGUACGGCGCCGUGGCCGAGUGUAAGACGUUCUGCCCGGACACGCUGGAGGAGUUCUUCAAGCAGCGCAGACGCUGGAUCCCGUCUACCCUGGCGAAUCUACUCCUCCUGCUGAAGUACACCCGUAAGAUCGCGAGGAACAAUGACAGCUUCUCGCUGUUCUACGCGCUGUACGUCAGCCUGCUCCUCCUCUCGUCUCUCAUCGCCCCGGCAACGGUGCUCUUCAUCAUCGCGGGCGGGCUGCAGUACUCCAUCAACCUCGAGAGCUACCAGACUUUGCUGCUGAUGUCCGCGAUCGUGUUGAUCUACAUGCUGAUCUGCGUCUGGGGUUCCGGGAAAACUCAGCUGCUGGCCUCCAAGGUCAUGACCUUCUUCUUCGCGGUCGUGAUGAUCGGCGUGGCGACCGGCCUGGCCAUAUCCGUGGUGGAGGACUUCGAACCAGAGCCAACGAGUCCGACUCCUCCAACCAUUGCACCUGUACCAACGCCGAAGCCGACCACAGAGGACCUACUUUCUUUCCUCCUAUCGGGCUCAGUCCAACAGCCCACAGUGCCAAAUCACCUCCAGGUCCAGCAGAUCACUACGCCUGGUGACAUCACAGCGACCUCUAGCGACCUCCUGGGAGCUUUUGUCGACCAACAGUUCCAGCAGUUCUCUGCUAUGUCUAAUGGCACUUCCACUGACUUUCUGCCGGCAAGCGUGUCCACGCUGUACUUGGGUGUGCUGGCCGCGCUGCACUUGGUAGCUGCAAUACUACACCCAACAGAGUUCCUGUGCAUCAUCCCAGGCCUGCUGUACGUGUUGUGUCUGCCCUCCGCUUACCUCGUCCUCUUCAUCUACUCCAUCUGCAACCUGAACGACCGGUCCUGGGGAACCAGGGAGUCAGCGUUGUCCGAGAGAGGUUCUGCCUGGUCCAUGGAGAAGAUAAUAGCAGGAAUCGGGAACUUCUUCAAACGGUGCGGCAAACAGUGCUGCGACGUGGACUACUCCGAGGAGACCCGGCCUAUUCUAUCUGACUCUCCAAGUUCAUCGUACUCGAGUUCUGGCGAUCCUAACUCUAACCAGAGGCCCAGGGGUAACUCGGCUGCAAACCGUACUUCAUCCUUCCUGCAGGACAGAGCACAGAGCACCCGAUCAGAGACCUCCACAGGUCAGGACCAGGACCUGGAUAACGAAGUUAACACCAUGUACAGCGACAUAGACAGAACAGGAGGGGAGGACACCUUCAGACGAAAGGCUAUUCCCUGGCUGAAGGACAUUGGGAUGAAGCGCUAUGAGAAGGAGUUUCUAGACAAUGGCUAUGAGGACACCAGUUUUAUAUGCACCAUAAAGGAAGAGGACCUUCGGUACAUGGGGAUCCGGAUGCGUGGUCACGUGUUGAAGCUGACGAGAGCGAUAAGCCAGUUACCGGAGCCCAUCCUACCUACUGGGAGACAACUGGGUAUCGACACAUGGCUUCGAGACCUUGGUCUUGGCCAGUACUACUUCCGGUUCCUGGAGGGUGGGUACAGCGGGGUGCAUGGCAUGGAGCAUCUCAGGGGGAUGACUGCUCAGGAUCUGGUGGAGAUAGGAGUCACCAAGAGAGGCAAGUAG